AUGUCAGCCGCCCCAGGUCUUGCCUUCUCAGUCAGCUCAGCUUCUGUCGAUGGUGAAAAUCCGUCAAUUCGUCCCUUCAGCAGCAGGGUACCCAAGCCCAAGCAAAAGAACACAAAGCCACCGCCAGCUCCUGUCAUUUGGAUCAACGGCUUCCCAGGCACCGGAAAGCGCGAAAUCGCCAUCGAACUGCGCCAUCUCAUUGGAAUAGACCGCGCCAUCCUGAUUCAAAACCAUCGACGGAUCGACAACGUGGCCCUUCCCCGCCGCCAUUCACAAGCUUGGAAGGAAGGCGCCAUGGACCGAAAAAGGACAUUGAUUUCCAACCUUCUUGCCCCUCACAUGCGACACAAGACAAUCAUACUCACCGACUUCCAGACCGACUCGCUCGAGCGUACGGACAACCCCGUGGACUGCCUCGAGGCCGCGUACAAAGCUAACCGGCCGUUCUUGCCUGUCACGGUCAUGUGCAGCGAGGCUGAGAACAUCCGCCGGAUCACCGACCCAGUUCGGUGUUGGCCAGAGUCAAGGGUGCAGAGGAAGGUGCUGAAGAAUGCAUUCGUUCUGCGAUGCUACCGCACGUUGAAGCUAUUUGACUUUGACGAGGUUGACGUAUUUGAUGAGGUGAAGCGGGACGGGUUUGUGAUUGAUACUACGGAGCUGGACGCUGUGGUCGUUGCUGAGAUGGUUCAGCGAGAAGUGAAGCGGUCGCGGAAAGGGAAGGAGGCAAUGCAAGAAGUUGGAUACCGGUGGUAA